UCAGCGUCGGUCGGUUUGUUUUUCGCCGAGCCCCCUUCCUGUGGACGUGUAGCUUGGUAGGGACAGUCAUGAGCGACGUACCUGCUGCAGAAGAAGUUCACCGUUCAUCGACCGCAGAUUCGGUCAAAUCCUUCAUUUCCGGGGGCGUAGGCGGUGUCGCCGCGGUGCUUGUGGGACACCCAUUUGACCUCACCAAGACGAGACUACAAACUGCGCCUCCUGGGACGUACACUGGCGCGAUAGAUGUCGUGAAGAAAGCCUUGGCUCGUGAUGGUGUUAGAGGUCUUUACCGCGGUGUCGUUCCACCAUUACUCGGUGUGACACCCAUCUUCGCUGUCUCCUUCUGGGCCUACGAUACAUCUAAGCUACUCAUCCUUGGCUUAACGCCAAACCGGACGAACAAGGAGCUGUCAAUACCCGAACUCGCGACCGCGGGUUUUUUGUCCGCGAUACCCACAACUCUUGUGACUGCGCCUGUAGAGCGAGCAAAGGUUCUGUUGCAGGUCCAAGGACAGGGGCAGGGCGGUCCUCAAUAUAAUGGCGUGUUUGAUGUUGUGAAACACCUAUAUCGUGAGGGUGGACUGCGCAGCGUGUUCCGCGGUUCUACUGCAACGGUUCUUCGAGAUGGCCCUGGUAGUGCGGCGUACUUCGCGGCGUACGAAGUGACAAAGAAGCUCUUGACACCCGUCGGGCAGUCGCCUUCUGAACUCAAUCUCGGCGCGAUCAUCGUCGCCGGUGGUGCGGCAGGUGUCGCAAUGUGGUCAAUUGCCAUUCCUCCCGAUGUCCUCAAGUCGCGUAUACAGUCUGCACCGACAGGGACGUACUCCGGCUUCUUGGACUGCGCGCGGAAGACCAUUGCUGCGGACGGUGUAGCGGCGCUGUGGAAGGGUCUCGGUCCUGCCAUGGCUCGGGCAUUCCCUGCUAACGCAGCUACUUUCCUCGGAGUGGAGGCCUCGAAGAAGCUGUUGGACAAAUUCUUUUAACGGCGGUCGAUGUGCAGUACUACGCUGGGAUAAUACAGCUACUUAUCUGGAUAACUUAUGUCCUGUUCAACACGCGUUUUGCC